AUGGGAUGCACAUCGGGCUGCUGUGGUCCUCCGCUUCCAGAGCCAACAGCUACUAAAGCAUCAUCCCGCGGUGAUGGUGGCAGUUGCAGCGAUCAAGACAAGGUUGUAAUUGGGCUAAAGGAUAACGAGGAGGCAAUCAAUGAGCAAGCUAGUGACUGCUGCGCUUUCGUUGAUUGCGAAGAUGGUAAAAAUAACAGCGAUGAUGAUAACAAUGCACCCGACUGCUGUCGUGGGAAGAUCAGUCCCUGUUGCAACGCAGCUUGCAUUGACCGCCUUGCUGUGCGCGACUGCAAGAUGAGCACUGCUACCACAGAGAUUGGAACGGGCUGCGGCAGCUCUACGCAUAGCUGCGAUGGCGCAACCGACGGCAAGCCAUGCAACAAGCAUAUCGUUUCUGCUCUCGACCGCUACGGUGCAACUCUUCAAGCUCUGGGGUGUCUCUGUCGCACUCUUAUUGCUAUGGGCCAGGAAUCUUGCUGCGAGACCCGGGAUCGUCCGGCUAAGAUGCUGUCUUCCCGUUCUCUCUUACGCACUUCAACGGACUCUGGCCGCAGCGCAGGUAUCACCACCAAAGAAAAGGCUGCAGAGAACCGAUCUCGUCUAAGGAAAAGCUCCACUGAGAGUGCGAGGUCCGUCAGCCAAACCUUUGCGAAGGAGAGCUGCGUCAAAUCAUGCUGUUCAGUGGCCAAGCCCGACAAGGAAGCUGUUCUCAAAGACCAGUGCAGGAAGGGUUGUUGUGCAAAGGAUAAUGCUAAUGAACAACAAGUUGUUGUCAAAAAGCUGAACCAAAAGCUUCCCAACGACCUUGCUGGUACAAGCGGAUGUCUCGACGCCUGCUGCUCACAGAAGCCUCCGCUCAAACAGCAACUCGUUGACCGGGAUAAUGGCCAGGUUGAUAAGAAGCCUGUCAGUAGCGGUGACUGUCCUGGUGUUUGCUGUAAAACUGAGCGUGAAGAGACCGCCACUGCAAAGAGCUACCCAACCACGGAAGUUGGUAUCUCUGCAGCAAGUGGGCGUGUAAAGUGUUGCCACGCGGCAAAAGGAGAGGAGAUUGUUAAGCAACUACCCGGCCCUACUUGUGGCAGUACUUGUUGCGAGCCAGAAGAAAGUCUUUCGACUAGGCCUCCAGGAGACAAAUGUGCUGGGUCCAGCGGCAAGAAGCCUCAGGGCUGUCAAAUCCCCAACGAUGACUGCUGUACCUCUGCUGCCCUCGAAGGACCGGCCAACAAUGUAGUCUCCGUUGAAGAACCUACGGAUGUGGAGAAUCAGAUCACAGGAAAAGAACGCGUGAUUCUCAGUAUCUCGGGCAUGACAUGUACUGGCUGCGAGACCAAACUCAACCGAACCCUCGCCACAGUCGCUGCUGUUAAGGAGCUGAAAACAAGUCUUGUUCUCUCACGGGCAGAAUUCAACAUCGACUUGCGCCUUGGAUCGGUUGACGAGGUUAUCAAACACCUCGAACGAACCACAGAGUUCAAAUGCGAGAGGAUUCAAACUCAAGGUUCAAGCUUGGAUUUCGUUGUGGAUGGCAACACAUCCCAGUUUAUGGGACAGACAUGGCCUGACGGUGUUGUUGACAUGGCUUUUCUUGGUAAAAACAAUGUUCGGGUUUCCUUCGAUCCUAAAAUUGUUGGCGCACGAGACCUUGCUGAGAGAUCCUGGGUGCCUCCUGUAAAACUCGCCCCUCCUGUUGCGGACUUGUCUGUUGAGGCUGGAAGCAAGCAUGUUCGUCAUGUUGGUUAUACGACCUUGCUAUCUGCUGUUCUUACAGUUCCUGUGCUUGUCAUGGCAUGGGCACCAAUCCCUGAGAAUGAGAUAGCCUACUCUUCGGCUUCACUUGCAUUGGCUACGGUUGUUCAAGUUGUCAUUGCAGGACCCUUCUACCCCAAGGCUAUCAAAGCACUGGUUUUCUCUAGAGUCAUCGAGAUGGAUCUGUUGAUUGUACUUAGUACCAGCGCAGCCUAUAUCUUCUCGGUUGUCUCCUUCGGAUACCUUGUUGCUGAGAAGCCUCUCUCAACUGGACAGUUCUUCGAGACCUCGACCUUGCUGGUGACUUUAAUCAUGGUUGGCCGAUGGGUUGCGGCACUCGCUCGCCAGAAGGCAGUCGAGUCGAUUUCUAUUCGAUCGCUUCAGGCAUCGACUGCCAUUAUCAUCGACGAAAAGAGCGGCAUUGAGCGCGAGGUUGAUAUCAGACUUCUUCAAUACGGUGACGUCUUCAGGGUUCUUCCUGAUACAAAAGUCCCUACUGAUGGGACCGUCAUUACAGGCUCAUCCGAAGUUGAUGAAUCAAUGCUUACGGGCGAGUCUAGACCCGUGGAGAAGUACCCUGGAUCCAUGGUUAUUGCAGGAUCAAUCAACGGUUCAGGUGUUAUGACUGUGCGACUGAGUCGCUUGCCCGGCGACAAUACCAUCAAUGCGAUUGCCGCCAUGGUUGAUGAGGCUAAGCUGUCGAAGCCCAAACUACAGGACCUUGCAGACCGCGUGGCCUCCUAUUUUGUCCCUGUGGUAGUAGGGUUAACCAUCAUCACGUUUGUAAUUUGGGUUGCUGUUGGCCUGACAGUUAGAGGAUAUGGUGGCUCCAAGGCUACAACCGAGGCAAUCACCUAUGCCAUAGCUGUACUCAUCGUGUCAUGCCCUUGCGCGAUUGGAUUAGCAGUCCCCAUGGUCAUUGUGAUUAUGAGCGGAGUGGCUGCGGAAAGGGGCAUUAUUUUCAAGUCGGCUGAUGCUAUCGAAGUUGCUCACAAGACAUCUCACGUUGUGUUUGACAAAACCGGCACUCUGACUCAGGGGAAGCUUUCUGUCGUUUCAAAAGAGUGCAUCGAAGAUUCGUCCCUUCCACUCCUUUUGGGACUUAUCGGGAACAGCCGACAUCCAGUUUCGGUGGCUGUGGCGAGCCAUCUAAAGGAUAUUGGGAUUGAGCCUCGCGAAGCAGGUGAGAUAAAGAGCCUGACAGGCAAAGGUAUCGAAGCCGUCAUGAAGGGCCAGAGACUCAAGGCUGGAAAUUCUCACUGGUUGGGUCUUUCUGAGAAUCCUCUCGUCCACCCAUUGCUUACUCAGGGUUAUACUGUCUUUUGUUUCACAGUAAACGAAGAUUUGCACGCUUUGUAUGGCCUGCAGGACGAACUCAGAAGCGACGCUUUAGGUACCGUAAAGACGCUUCAACUGCGCGGCCUUUCAGUCCAUGUGGUAUCCGGUGACGAUGAUGGAGCUGUUCAAAAUCUAGCAACGAAGCUGAACAUCCCGAGAAACAACGUCCGCUCCCGAACGUCACCUGCUGGCAAGAAGGACUACAUCCAAACUCUUCUUGGCAACGGGACGGAUCGCGAGAAGCCAGUUGUUGUUUUCUGUGGCGAUGGAACAAACGACGCUGUUGCUCUCGCCCAAGCCACUAUCGGUGUCCACAUGAAUGAAGGUACAGAUGUUGCACAAUCCGCUGCGGACGUAGUUCUCAUGCGUCCUGCUCUAAGCGGCAUUAUCACCAUGAUAGAUGCGAGUCGAAAGUCUGUCAAUCGUAUCAAAUUCAACUUCUUUUGGAGUUUUGUAUACAAUACAUUUGCUGUGCUUCUCGCAGCUGGCGCAUUCGUCAACGCCAGAAUUCCACCGGAGUAUGCAGGCCUUGGAGAGUUGGUCAGCGUUUUGCCUGUUAUUCUGGCCGCAGUGCUUCUGCGCUGGUCAAAGAUCUAA